AUACCAUAUUAAUUUGGCCAAACAAAAAAGGAUUAAAUAGUAAUCCUCUAAUUUUUUUUACUUAAACUUUCUACAUAGAAUAGAAUGGAUUACAUAUUUGAAGUCAUUAGCAUAAUAAGACAGAUAACUAAUGGAUUUACAAAUUAAGCAUUCUCAUCUGUUGUUCUGUAUGAUGGAUCAUUCAGUUUGGUUGAUUAGUUUGGAAUGGAACAUCGCCACUCAGAAUAGACUGAACGAAAGCGAAUGAGGUAGAUUUCAGUGUCGAGCUUUUCGGAUAUUAAUUGAGCACAAGUUCCUUUGAAAGUUGAGACCAAUCUGCCAUGGAAGAGUAGGUUUAAUUUCCAUUGUUAAACUCCGAAAUUGAUAUUUUAAUUUAAAAAGUGUUAGACAUAAACUUUUUAGCUAAAGAUAUGAAAUAAAUUCAUAUGUGGGUUCUAGUUGUUGGACAUAGGGCUAGGUUUACGGUCAUGUAUACUAUUGUAUCUUAAUGACAUUAUAUUUAUUAACUCAUCGGAAGUUAAUAGGUAGAAAGAAUCUCUAGCCAUUUUCGGUACACAAAAACGUAUGAUGAGCGACAUGUGCAGAUAUAAUUGAAAUAGUGAAAGUAUAUAAUCGAUUAAGAGAAUGCACUAGAUGAAUAUUUAACGACAUCUAAUCCCGCCACAAUUUGAAAUUGUUACUUGAAAACAACAUUUCAACCAAUUACCAAGUCCCUAUAGAUACGAUAAUCACUGAAAUUUGAACAGUAAAACAAUUACCAAGUCCUUGUAGAUACGAUAAUCACAAACCUCCUCCUGCCUUUUAUUUUGGUGUUGAAGUUAGUAGAAUCUUCUUGCAACAUUUCUAAACCUGGUGAGAAAACAGUUAUGUUCUUAGUUAAAUAUACUAAAGAGACUUGACAAAAAAAAAAAAUAUACUAAAGAGAUAAAAAAACCUAAAAAUUCAAUUUUUGUUUUUUCUGGGUUUGAAUUUUUUCUUUUUUCUUUUUUGGUUUGUUGAAGAUUGAGAAAGAACAGUGAUGAUGGGUGAGGAAUGUGGGUUGAAGGUGGAGAUGGUGAUGUGCUAAUACUCUGUAUUUUGAAACCAAUUUUGAAACUCAACAACAGUGAACUAUACCUUCUUCGCUUUCGUUCUGUCUGUUCUUCGUGGAGGCGAGCUUCCGUCCAAAAUUGCCACCACAAUCACGUACCCUCCAAGCUUCCUCAAUUCCUCCACUCCGACAAAAUCAAUUUUCUUCGUAGCUGGUCAAAACAAAACAUCUUUCUCAUCAAACCACCGGAAACCCUAACAUCAACCCAUCACCGCCCCUGGUUGAUCAGAAUUGGUCCAGAUGUAUCCGGCAAACCACAAAUGUGGCACCCCUUCGACCUUUUCCUCCUAUGUCCUUUCCAUCAACCCAUCAUCGACUUCAACCAAAUUCCUGUCAUCCAUCUUGGACACCAGUUCUAUAUCCACGACCAUUAUCAUAAGGUCGUUGCUGCAACUUGUGAGGUUGGACAACCUCUUGUUGUCCUGACAUACGACAUGGAUAAUAUACUGAACAUCUUUCGAUGCGAGGACAAUUCUUGGACUACUAUCCCCACCGUGCCGCCCAUGUUAUAUGGGGGAGACAUCUGCAUUUUUAAAGGGCGAACUUGUGUUGCAGACAAAAACGGUCGCACUUUGAUGAUUGGAGAGAAUUUUAGUGUCCUCUUGCUGGCCAACCCGGUGUCUGGUGGCGAUGUGAAAUUCUUGGUGGAGAGUGAAUGUGAUUUGUUGUUAGUGGAUGGUCAUGAAGUUUAUACUAGUGUUGCUGAUAAGGAUGUAAAGUUUGAUGUAUACAGGCUUGAUGAGAAGGAGAAGAAGUGGGUCAAGUUGACCACUUUAGGUGACAGGGUUCUGUUUGUGCAGCAAGAGGGUUCAUUCUCUGCUUCAGCUUCAGAUUUGCAUGUUGCAAAGGGAAACUGUAUCAUCUUUUGUAUGAAUUAUAUCUCCCAGAGUCUUAAAAAUAUACAAUCUGAAAUGCGUAUUUUUCACUUGGAUCAAGGUCAGGUUUCAUGUUUGUCUGAUUAUCCCGAGUACAUUAAGUUAUUUUGGCCGCCUCCAAAGUGGAUCCUCGAGCUGCAUAACUCGGGUAUAUAUAAUGUUGUUACUACACCUACAUAUCAAUUUAAUGAUGAUGAUGAUGAUGAUGAUGAUGAUGAUUGAAGAUGAAAUGAAGAGAUUAAUGAAAGAUGAAAGCGUUGAUAUUAUAAGAGAUGAUCUGGCGUGUUCGUCAUAUUAUGUAGUCUCUACUCUAGGCUUUAAAUAUCUUAUUUUGUGGACUUGGCUUUUUUUAUGCUUAAGAUGUGAAACUUAUGCACUAUAGUAUAUAUUAUUAUUUUCGUUUUGGUAAAA